UGGAGAUGGAAACAAUUGAUAUAGAAACCUUACUAGCAAUGGAGUUUGAUCGUGUUAAUGGCAACGACUACUUGAGUUACCCGGAUGGUACUAGUAUGUUUGAAGUUGAUUCUCUUUUGAACUUCAAUCAUAUUCAUGCUCAUGACCAAGAUACUGCGACCGGCCAUUUGGAUCUGGAGAAAGUUGAUGUUGAUAUUGAAUUCUGUUUAGAGAUGAAUCCUGGUGUAAGUGAGUGCAUGGAUACAGUUGUGGAGGAGACUUGUCAUGUGAAGGAAAAUAUUCAAGAAGAGUUCAUGGAAGAAAGCGGCUUAACAGAUGUUUUAUUGACGGCAGCUGAAGCUAUUGAAGCCGAAGACUGGCUGUUGGCCUUCAUAGUGGUCGAGAGUCUCAAUAGUCGCCUUAUUGAUCGAGAAAAUGGAGAGAACUCUUUCAUGAAACUAGUAUUUUUCUUCACUCAAGGUCUGCAUUACAAGAGCUUUAAGGCCCCUGAAUUAUCACCCAUAACGCCAAUCCAGAAACCAACAGAUACAAUGUCCGUCUUUCAGAUGCUCCAAGAGCUCACACCUUACUUAAAGUUUGCACAUUUUGCAGCAAACCAAGCAAUCCUCGAGACAACUAAAGGAGACCCGGAAGUUCAUGUGAUUGACUUCGACGUUUUGGAAGGGAUUCAAUGGCCACCACUAAUGAUUGAUUUGGUAUCAAGGAAGGGAGUUUCUUUAAGAAUAACUGCUGUUGUUGGUGACCCAACAAGCAUGGGCUACAUUCGGCAAACUGGCAGAAGGUUAAAAGAGUUUGCCGGUUCAAUCUAUUUGCCAUUCAGGAACUUUGCAUCAGUUAACUGUUUCUUAAACGGCGUUCGCAAACUUUCUCCGAAGAUGAUUAUCCUAACAGAAGAAGAAAUACUGAACUUGGCUAAAAUCCCAUCAAUGUCCUUUGUAGAUUUCUUUUGUAAGGCUUUUCAUCAUUACACUGCACUAUAUGAAUCACUAGUUACUAGCUGUAGGGGUUACAAAGUGGGAUUGAAGCUGAUUGAGAAGGUCAUAGAACUUCGGAUUCUCGAUAGUUUGAAGCAAUUUCCUUUUGGGAGCAGUGACAAGAAGAGCUGGGAAGGUGGAUUUUCAGCACUGAAGGGUUAUAAGGCUAUACCAAUGAGUUAUCAUAAUGUUUCUCAGGCAAAAUACUUGGUGGGAAUCUUUAGUGGAGGUUAUUGGGUGCAACAUGAAAAAUGUAAGUUGGGCUUGUGUUGGAAAUCAAGACCCUUGAUAUCAACUAUUAUUUGGGUGCCGCUGUAACAGAUUUAUGUUAUUCUCUCCUUUCAUGUGUUAUUUUGAGUUAAUGAUCCCUG